AUGAGAAAAGGGAUAAAAAGGGAAAAUGAGAAGAAGAUAAAGGUUUAUGGAUUUGAAAUUCUAAAUCAAAGAACAAAGACUCAUACAUAUCCACAAUCACACAAUCCAACAACCUCUUCUGGUAAAAAUCCAUUCUUUAAUGAACACGAUCAUCAUUUCUGUAGAGUAGUUGCUGAUAAUGAUGAUCCAAUUGACACAUCAAAGUUAAAUGUUGGCAUUAUUUUUUGUGAUGAUAAUAAUGACGGUGGUGAUGGGGUUGAUGAACCUUAUGAAAUACUUGCACCAUCAUUUCACCCUGAUGAAAAUGAUAUUUUAGAAUUUAAUGAGGUGUCAGGUGAUAAUCUCGAAAUGGAAGUUAAAGCCUUACAAAAAUUAUCAUUAUCAACAAAUCAGGGAAAUAACGAUAAACAAUGGGAGGGGGGAGAGGAGGAAAAGUCACCUGCUAAAAUUGUUUGCCCAAGUGAAAUAAUAAUCGAUCCUCAUAAAUUUUCUAUAACAGAGAAAGAAUAUAAUAACAAUGAUUAUGAUGAAUUAGACAUUGACUUGGAAACUGGGCUAGAAGAAGAAUUUAAAGAGGAUCCACCAUCUCCAACAUCACCACGUGAUUCAGAGAAAGAAGCACCUGUUUUUACCGAAGAGGAAGAUGGCACAUUGGAAGCUGCCUCAUAUCGAUUUGAAACAGAUUCUAACUGGCAAGACGAGUCAAAUAUAGAGUUUGGGGAUGAUCCCGAUUAUAAAAUUUGGUCGGACGAUGAAGGAAUCGAUCCGUUGGAAAAUAAAUAA